UCUAUACGCAAUAGUUUGUUGUGAUAUUUGCUUCAUUUCACAUCAGUGUGUUGGUUUCAGAGCAACAGUGUGAUGUCAGAGUGAAAGACACACAUUUCCUAACAUCUGGGGGAAAUGACUCUACCAAUAAUUAACAUGAUCUGAUGUGGAGUGCUCUUCGCUCUGCUUUGUCCUUCAGUAUUUUAAUUCCUGACAAAAUGUCCAUGGGAUAUCUAGGAUUUGUUCUUCUGCUUUGGUUCCCAGGAGUGCUGCAUGCACAAAGUGAAACUCAGCCCUGUCCUGCUCCCGGUCUGAGUGGAGGUUAUUUGGUCCCUGAACAAGACUCUUACCCUCAUGAAACAACGCUCACUUACGCCUGUGAUAACGGACUGAAGCCCGCAGUGGAGGGCUGGUGGGCGACAAGCAGGUGUCAAAAUGGCAAUUGGUUUCCUACACCACAAUGUAUAGAUGAAAAGGCCUGUUUGCCAACAAUUCUCCCAAAUGCAAACUACGAUGCAAGCACAAAGGGUUGGUAUGAUGAGACAACCAAAAUCUGGGUAAGAUGUGAUGCAGGAUAUGAACACAAAGACCGGGUCACCACAGCGAAAUGUACAGACGGAACAUGGUCCUCUAUGCCAAUCUGUGAAAAAAGUGAUGAAGCAUGUGGUGAGCCCCCUAAAAUCCCCCAUGCAGUCGUCAUUCAUCAGGAAUACCAGGAGUUGUUUGAAGCAGAUACAAAGGUGCAGUAUGAAUGUGAAGAUGGAUAUACUGCAGAGAGAGCAGACACCAAAACAGUCAUUUGCAUCUCAGGAAACUGGACUGAAGGCCCAACAUGCAACAGAAGACCUGAUACUGGACAUGGUGGAGCCACAGUGGAAGGAACAGGUGGGGGACACACUACAUCCGCUGGCAGUGGGACGAAUCCUGCAGGUGGAGACAGAAGACCUGAUACUGGACAUGGUGGAGCCACAGUGGAAGGAACAGGUGGGGGACACACUACAUCCGCUGGCAGUGGGACAAAUCCUGCAGGUGGAGACAGAAGACCUGAUACUGGACAUGACGGAUACACAGAGCGAGGAACAGGUGGGGGGCAGCCGACAGGAGGAGUCACCAACUGUGGAACAUACCCAAGCGUUCUAAACGGAGAUGUUGUGGUAGUGAGCGGAGGAUAUUUGAAAUACCAAUGUAGUGCCUUUUACAAACUAGAGGGUCCAGACACUGUGAUUUGUCAAAGCAAUGGCAAGUGGACAGAACCACCAUCCUGCAGAGACGCUUUCUGUGUCCUAGAUCCUGCUCAAAUCACCAUACCCAAUAUGAUACUAUCUACAAUUAAAUAUGUGAAGGAAGGAGAGGACGAGUUUAUUCCGUGUAUUUGGGAUCAUUUCUUCAUCCGUGUUCAGUGCGUUAACAGAAGAAUUCAUUAUACCAAAUGUUGUCAUAGCUCUGAUCAUCAGCGGAAUGUAUGCAGAUGAGUAUUCACUGCUGGACUGAACACAGAAGCAGAGUAGGAGGCAUUUGAAAUAUCUCCACCAGAAGAGAUAAACACCCCCAAAAAUGUCAUAUUUGUAUAUGGCUUUCUUUUAAACCAGCUGUUGUAGUUGUUUUUUCAUUUUGAUUGAACAUAUUGACACAAUGGUGAAGCAAAUUGUUCUUUAACAGUCAUCUUGUGUUUUUGUGAUUGGAACUGUUGAUGCACUAAUGUCUAUCAACCCUGAGAAUAAAAUUAAAGGUUAAAUGGUC